AUGCAAUACUCCACCAAGACCGCCAUCGCCUUGUUGGCAGCAACUUGGUUCAACGCCACCCUCACCCAAGGCCCCCAGAAAGCCAGCUCUGCUCAGGAUGCAAUCGACGUCAAGCACAAGCAAGAGAGCGGCCAGAACAUUGGCGACACCCGUUUGACUGUCAACCUCUGGGACGACACCAACAACGACGAAGUCGUGGACGCCUUGAAGGACAACUUCUGCCACGGCGAAGACCUCAAGCCAUACGCCGACAACACCUGGACUGUGCUAUGCGACCCUAAGUCGAAGGAGGUCGAGCUCGACAUCACCUGGAACCCGGACAUCACAGAGGGAGGCGUCCUUAUCAGUGUCUACAAAUUCAACAACCCACGCGCCGCAGCGCUCAGCAGUGGCGACCCAUCGAGAGACUUGGUCUAUACCUUCAACGCGAAGGGUCAGGACGAGAGUGGAGAUUACUUCGAGGCGAGCAUCUUCUGCGGCGAUUGCAAGAACUCGGACGGCGUUGCUGUCAAGUGUUGA